UGUGACACAAACACUUCCUCGUGGCUCUCGUUCAGACUCGGUCCAGACUCGGUUCAGACUCGGUCCAGAGGUCGGACCAUGGGCCGGUUCGUCCCGGGCUCUGUCGCUCCUCGUGUCCCGCUUUUGGCGCUGGUUCUGUGGGUCACGACAACAAGAACCGCGAGAGUCCUGCCCGGAGCCUCAGACAACUGCACCCAACAGGGUCUGAGCUGCUCCGUCCACUACAGUAACUGUCUGGACCCAGACUGGGUUCUGUCUCAUUCUUUCACGCCUCCUCGUCCUGAGACUCUGGACCUGAGGAUCUCAACCAGAUCAGACCCAAAAGGAAACCUGCUCCCAGUGAUGAGCGCCACCUGGAGGCUACGGGACGACGGAGGUAUCAGUUUCCUUAAAGCCUCUGAGCUUCACGUCGUCGUCGUCUCCACAAACCAGAACCUGUGUGUGCGCUACACCUACAACACCACCCUGCCCAUGAGGGACCCCCGAGGAGACAAGUGGUCGUGGAGCUCAGAUGUUGUGGUGGUGGACCCGGGUCAGUCCUACAGUGUCUCAGUGGAGAACAUCCCCAAAGCAGAACUGGACCACAGCACCUCCAGUGUGAGCAAGAACAUCACAGUCCCAGGCUGUUCUGACCCUGUGAUGAGGAGGACGCUGCCGUGUGUCCAGUCUGGGAUCUUGUGGAGUCCAAACAUCAGCUGGUCUGAGUCCGGCUCUGUCCUCACUGUGGAGUUCAGUCCAGAUCCUCUGAGUGACAAAUACAAAGUCCUGUGUCUCUGUGGCAGGACAGAGAUCGCCAAGACGACCCUGAGAGCACCCGCUGGGAACGUCUCCAGACUGAACGUCUCCUUUCCCUUCGACACGUGGUCCUGCUGCCGUCUCCGUGUUGAGGUUCUGUCUUACUUUCCUCACUGUAAGAACGACUGUCGCAGACACAGCAGAUACUACGACCUCUGCAAGAUGGACACCGCCACGGAGCCGCCAGAUAAGCCCCGCCCCCUGCCCGUGGCCCUCGGCGCGUCGGCUCUGGUCCUCCUGCUGGUCGGAGUCUGCAUCGCCGGCGUCGUCUGCGGGAGAAGAGGCCGGACGGCGGUGCAGCAGACGGAGAAGCAGGGCCCGUUCCAGACGCGGCUGGAGGAGCACCCGACUCUGCUCCUGAUCUACUCCAGAGACCACCCGCUGUACCUCGAUGUGGUGCUCAAGCUCGCAGCCUUCCUCCAGGCUCAGUGCGGCAUCCUGGUUCUCUUGGACCUCCUCGACUCCUCCUCGGUCUCUCAGUUCGGUGUUAUUCGUUGGUUGGAGCUGCAGAGACAGAAACUCGGUCCCAACGAUAAGAUCCUGGUUCUUUGUUCUCGCGGCGUCCAAUCAAAAUGGAGAGCCAUGUGCGGCCAGGGUCAGGUGGAGCACCAGCCGGACGAUCUGAUUGGCCCGUUCCUCAGCCUCUUCCUGUCGGACAUGCACAUUCCGCACUCCAGGGGAAGGUACAUCGCGGCGUUCUUCGAGGACCUCGGCUCAGAGCGUGACGUUCCUUCGUUCUUCGACAUCGCGGUGAAAUACAAACUGAUGAAACACUUUGAGGAGCUGUACUUCCGCGUCCUCGACAGGGAGAAGUACGAACCCCAAAGAGUGAACCACAUCCAAGGCAUCGGCCCCGACGAGUUCCACCGCUGCGGCUCCGGGCGCGCGCUCCAAAACGCCAUCCACACCUUCGCCGCCUUCCAAAUCCACAAUCCUGAUUGGUUUGAAAACGCCGGAACUGAAGUCGUCAGCGAAUCGAGUCUGCUCCUUGAAACGAUGCCCCUCCCACAAAUCCUCGAGUACCAGCCAAUCGUACGAGACCCCGCCCCCAUUUAUACCAAUGACAUUUUAGCAAACGAAACCACGGGGCAUUUUUACAUCGCCGAGCCUGAGGUCAAACGGGACGUACCGAUUUCGCUAAACGAGCCUCUUCUGCCCGCGCUCACUCCCGACCAAUCGGUGCUGGAGGUGCGGCCGGAGCCACGCCCAAAUAUGGACAUAUUUAAAUCAGAGCUCAUUCCGAACGCAGCCAUGCAGAUUCCCGUAGAGGACGAAGACGAGACGGAGUCAGGGGCGGAGUCGGGCGUGAGUGCGGGGCAGAGCGCAGAGUGGGCGGAGUCUGGGGACAGGGCGGGGCAGAGCGCAGAGUGGGCGGAGUCGGGCGUGAGUGCGGGGCAGAGCGUGGAGGAGGAGCUGCAGGAGGGGGAGGAGUCUAAGGGCCAAAGCUCCGCCUCCGAUCAGGGCUACAGCUCCAGAGCCUGGACUGAACCGAACUCUGACCACAUGAGGGCGCUGCUGAGGCUGCAACAGGAGCUGAUGAGCGGCUUCUGCCAUUUUGAGAACGAAUGACGCUCGUUUAAACGCUCACGAUUCAAACGGUUUCACUUUUUCCUGAAUCUCGUGGCUCGUUUUCUCUGGUUUGACACUUGUAACGUUGUAAUUUUACUUCCUGGUUGGACGCCGGCAGCAGGCGCGACACGGAGGUAAUUCAUCUAGUACUUUUUUUUUUGUCCUGGCCUGUGGUGUUGUGAUCACGCUCUGAAGGGGGAGUGACUCAGCAUGGGGGGCAAAAGGAGGCGGGGCUUGGUGCGUCGAAAAUGAAAGUGAAACUUAUAAAACGUGUAAAUAGUUUUGUCUUACUCUUUGUGGUUCAUUAUGAAGUUACACCAUGAACUUAUUUAAUUUGAUGAUGUCACUGAUGAUGUCACUGAUGAUGUCACUGAUGAUGUCACUGAUGAUGUCACCGUCUCGUUCACUGUUGACUCUUUGCUUCAGUCAUGUGAUGUUUUUUAAAAAAUCAAAAUGGCUGCCAGGGCUUUUUUAUUCAACCUUUUUUUUUUUUUUUCAUGAAACAAACUCUUAACAUUUUUGUAAAUUCCUGAGCCUUUUUUUUUCACUUUACAAUUUGAACACGUUUUUUUUUUUAGUGAAUAAACAAUAAAAGUGAAGAUGAUGAUGU